CGACCCGAACGUGUGCCUUGUUGUCGCGUGUCGCACGAAAACAUUGCGGAGAGCGGGAGAUACUCGGGAGCCCAGAGGAAAAGGCGGAAUUUGACACAGCCGGCGCUGAGUGGAAAUGACAAUAUGCAACUUUUUCCUUCAGGGCCGUUGUCGUUACGGCGAAAAAUGUUGGAAUGAGCACCCGAGGGGAGGAAACAGAGGAGCAGGAGGAGGUGGUGGUGGUGGAGGAGGAGGAGGCGGCGGCGGCGGCUACAACAACUACAGCCGCUCCUCUGGUCAGCAGCAGUCUAGAGGAGGAGGAGGAGGAGGAGGAGGUGGUGGUGGUGGGUUUGGAAACAGAGUUUGGGUGAAUCCUAACCAACAAAAAGGAGGCUAUAUCCAGCCUUCAUCUUUCUCAUCUCAUGGAAGUGAUGACUGGGGCAGAGGAGGAGGCGGAGGAUCUGACUGGGGCAGAGGAGGUGGAGGGAGAAGAGAUAAUGUGAAGAGCUCUGAAUUCAACUUCUCCUCUCAAAACAGAUUUUCAGCGCUUAACUCUCCAAGCACCUUUGACAGGGGAGGAAGAGGGGGAGCAGCUGGCGACGAAGAUGAUGACAAAAAACUGGAGAUCAUUCAGCUGGACAUAGAUGUUUGGGAGAGUUCACGGCAGUGGUGGUUCUCAUGUUAUUCUCCCUCUAAGACACUUGUAUCUGGUUUCACUGAUCUUUCUCCAGAAGAGCUCAGAAUGGAGUAUUACUCCACAAGAGCUUCAGGAGAUCUGCAGGGUUAUCUUAAUGGUGUCAAUCAGUUGCUCAACCAGUGGAGAAGCAGAGUCCAGGAACUGAAGGUUAUGAAUCCAGCCACCCGUGCAGCUUUGCUCGCAGAGUUAAACAACCCAGCACCUCAGUCAUUUUCAGGUGGCUUUGGUUCUGUGACAUCGACUGGAUUUGGAUCCUCUACAUCUGACUUUGGAAGCAAAGGCUUCGGGGCUCCAGCACAAGGGCAGGCCAGCAGUUUCAGCUUUGCUGCCCCAAGUGGUGGAUUUGGUUCCUCAGCUGCACCAUCAUCCUCAACAGGUUUUGGUAGUGCCAUAGCAGCUCCUACACAACCUCCCUCUGGAUUUGGUUCUUCCUCUGCUCCUUCAGCUUCAGAAUUCUCUUUCGCUGCUUCAAGCACCAACAAACCAGCAGCAGCCUCAGGAUUUGGCUCUGCCUCGGGGUUCAGCUUCUCCUCUACAGCAAACAACACUGGAGGAGGAUUUGGGGGUGGUUUUGGGACUCAGACACCAGCUGCACCACCUGCAGCAGGAGCAGGGUCUGUUGGUGGAGCAUCAGACAGUCUGUUUUCACCUGAGGACAAACUGACUCCGGAGGAACUGAAUCAGUUCAAGGCUAAAAGGUUCACUCUUGGUCAGAUUCCUUUAAAACCUCCUCCAGCUGACCUACUGGUGUUAUGAUCCAUGGUGAAAGUUUACAGCAUUUUUUGAAAUAAACCAAUAUAAUUUAUGCAAUCUUUUUUUUCUGCAUAGAGCUUUUAUUAUUAUUAAGUCCACAGUCAGUCAUUUGUUGUUUUUAAGAUACAGCUGAAUUCAGUCAGUUCAAUACUUAUAUCAAUAUUUAACUUUUGAAUAAAAAUUACAUUUUUGAAUCAUAUUUUUUGACCUAAAACACUAUUUGGGGAUUUUGAGUGUCAUUAAAAUAUUUGGAUGCUGUGAAACAGUUUUGGCUUUUACAGCUGGUUUAGAUGAACAGUUUUACCACAGUUUAGAUGAGCUACAGAUGAAUGUUUAGUGGAGUAUAUGUAUGUUGAACUAUGAUAUAGAUAUGAUUACAAAACAUUAAAAACAUGACUUGAA